AUGGCUGACCACAACAAGGUAUUACUGCGUCCUCUUUUCCGCCGAGAUGUUAACUGGGAUCCUUUCCGUGAGUGGACACAGCCUAGCCGCAUGAUCAUGGAGAAGGACUUUGGCCUCCCUCCCUUCUUGGAUCCAGGCGAUGUGAACUGGAUAGACUGGGCUAGGAAUAAAUUGGCAUCAUCCUCCUGGCCAGGGUACACACACUAUCCCCUCUUCAUCCCCAGCACUGUUCCACCUGCUACAGUGCCACCCCAGACUUCAGCCAGGCUUCAGAGGCAACUGUCUGGAGGAGUGUCAGAGAUCAGGACGGAACAGGGCAGUUGGAGGAUCACCCUGGAUGUCAAUCACUUCUCACCAGAGGAGAUAUCAAUCAAAACCAAGGGAUGCUUCCUGGAGAUUGCAGGUAGGAGCAUUAUUUCUCUGGUUUAAAAAAAAAAACAGAAUUUGGUGGCGGUUGGAACAUCCAUUGUUAAACAUUUUUUAUAAUUUACUGUUGAAAUUUCCAUUAGAUGUCCACAUGCUCCAUAUUACAUUACUUCAAUAAUUGUUCUCAACUUAUAUUUUAAGGUCAACAUGAAGAAAGGGAAGACGAACAUGGAUCAAUCUCAAGGUGCUUUAUAAGGAAAUACAAGUAAGUUGUAAUGGUUGAAUAGAAAACAAGGUCCCUCACAAUGCUAUGACAAAGACAUCUCCCGGUAAUGAAACUAAGAACUCAAUAAAUGUGUGGAAUUGAAAGUCUUUCUGUUGAUUGUUAUAGGAAGACAUUUUAAAUAAUUUCCCACGGUUUAAUUAAAUUAGUAAAAACAGAUGACAAGCAGCCAUUUGAACCACAGUAAACACGUUGUAGCCUGUCUGUGUUGUAAGCAGAUUGUUGUUGUUUGUUUGUUGAAGGCUGCCCCCUGGUGUGGACUUGCAGCACAUCAGCUCAUCUCUGUCUGGUGAAGGGGUUCUCUUAGUGGAAGCACCUCUGCCAGGCUCAGCUACCACCAUCCUCCCCAGUGACAUGGUCAUCCCCAUUCAGAUCAAGCACGAGCAGGAGGGGAAAGAGUGA